UAAAUUUCUUGUAUUCACAGAUAUUUAGGUUAAUUUAGGUAAAAAAGGUUGUUUUGCCAAAUUUUUUGUUAUUAUUGCAAAUACUUGAAUCAUCAUAAAAACGGGAUUAUAUUACUUAAAUGAUAUUCUAUGGGAUCUUACCAGACUUUGGACAACAUAGGAUUUGCAGCUAAAGAAACUAUAUAUGUUGAGAAGAAGCAGAAUGUUGAAAUGUUUGUAAGAACAAGUGUUAUCACAGCUCAGCCACCAUCAGUCAAGUUGACUCCAAUCACCUCCAAGUUGACUCCUCCACAGUCAACUCCGAUAAAAUCUGAGAAACAAUUCAACGCAGAAGACAGAGAUUAUAACAGUAGCGACGAAACACCGGUAAAGGCACCUCGUAUUCCAAUGAAACGACGAUCACUCAUGCGCGAUAUCAGGUGGGCGGACGAGAGUAUGGAAGAGAAAAGUGCAAUGAAACAUCCAAUGGAAAUGAGAUCAAGAAAGCGUUCUAAACUGAAGCCAUACUACGAUAUUGAGGAGUACGUCGACUACGGGCCGGACCUAAAAUUUCUCUUCGAAGAGGAAGACCAACUACCCGACUUUGAAAUUAGACCAAGGAGGCGAUCAAGAAAAAGAAAAGUUUUCACCAGUCCAAAGCAGCCAUCAUCACCACGGCAACACGAAGACGAUUUACUAACGGAAUUAUCUAUCCCUACCUCGAAAAUUAACGAUGCAAAAUUGUCCCCUACCUCUUUUGCCGAUGAGAAUUUUUCUAGCAAAAAAUCCAGGCCAAACUCCUCCCUUAGAAUUUGUAACUUGACCUCUACGACCCCAAGUGCCGGUACUUUCACCAAUUCCUCAAAAUUGUUUGAAUCAGUUGCUGUGGUAACUAAAAAUUUAGACGUCUCUAUCACGAAACGAAAAACGAAUUUCGAAUUCGAUAACUUUGCUCAGAAGUGUUCGAAACAGUCAACUCCCGUUAAUGAAGAACACAAUACUAUAAGGAAGACUCUCGGAUUGAAAACGCUAAAAAAUCGAGAUAAAAUCCCGAAACUUAAUUGUGACAGAAUAAAAGAGAAGAAGCAUCUUGGUAAAUCUUCCAACGUGAAUGACGUAUCUCAAAAUGACUGUCGUAUUAUUUUCUCCCCCAAAAAUUUCGAAAAAUCAAAAAAUUUCACUGUGACAAGCAUGAAUCUACGUCGAAGACAUUCCACUCCGUCACUAGGUGGUAUAAGAAAUCAAGAAUAUAUCAUGAACUCAUCUAAAAAACUUUUACGAACUGUAUCCACUCCUGCGGGGAGUAAGGAGGGGGAAGACCCUAAGAAUAAAACUGAGAAAAAAGUUAAAACAAGAGAACCGUGGCAAGAUGAUGAAUGUUCAAGCGAUAGCAAUUCCGAUUCCGAGCAAUUCGUGGAUAGUCCAGAUUCUGGGUUUGGCUCAGAGUCGAGUUGCUCGUCCGCGACCCCCGAUAGUGACUCGGUCAGUUUACUGUCUUUCCCUCCCUCAAAAUGUGAUGAGUCAUCAUUAAAAUCAGACAUUGACUGUGACAUCACAAAGCAGCGAGUAUCACGGACUGAAUCAAAUGAUUCAGGAAUACAAUCAAACAAUGAUACAUUGUUAGAUCAUAAAGAAAUCUCAAAAAUUUCUCAAACUGGGGAGGAAAUUGGAGAGCGCCUCAUUCUUUGUCAAAAAUCGAUUGUAGAAGCACAGGAACGAGAGAGGGAGGAGAAAAAAAAGCAAGAAGAGGCAUUGUUACGGGAGAAAUUCCAGUGCCAAUGGGUCGGCUGCCCUAACCCAUUUGAGAGCCGGUGUGGUGCAGAUCUACACACACAUCUGCAAGAGUGUCAUGCUGAAAAUUACUCAUGCAAAUGGAAGGGUUGCCGAUACUUCGAAAUUGUUUCGAGGAAAUUGUCAUUUCUACAACGACAUAUCGGAGAACAUAGCGGAGAGAAGCCAUUUAAGUGCAUUCUCGAUGGUUGUGACGCAUCCUUCUCGUCAUUAUGCAGUCGAAAACGUCACGUUGAAGCACAUUACUCUGAAGUGUCUUUACCAAAAGCUCGAGUAGGGGGUGAUAACGGGGGGUUUUCCCGAUAUCUGCUCAAUUCUAGGAGGGUAAAAGAUAAAAGAAAAACUCUUGCAAACCGUCAUGAUUGCAUGGAUGGCAGAACACUUGGUUUCAUCAGAAGUGCGCUCAUCCAAAACGAAGUUUCCAUAGAAACUGAUGAUGAUGUCAUAAGUGAACCAAGAGACAUUGUCUUCCAAUCUGAGAUUAUUGGGAAACGAGUCGACAAGAACGGAAAGCAGUUGGUACUCGUUCGAUGGAAACCAGAUAAUAUACUUCAAGAUGAAUGGAUUCCUGAGACAGAAUUACUGAAAGAGAAACGAAUGUUGAAGUCUGAUUUACCAUGGAAUACCAAGGACAGCUUGAAGAGGCUUUUCUUUUUCGGACGAAAAGCCUGCACACGAAAGCCAUCCUUACUAAGAAGUCUCUUUUGAAAUAUGUUUUGUUUGUUUAUUAUAUUUUCUGAUAUUUUUGUUCCGUACUUUAGGAGUUAAGUAAAAUUUGUAAUUUUUUUCGUAUCUGAUUAUUUUUUGUUAUCUUAUCAAUACUUACUUAAUCAGUCAAUAUCAACGGCAAAAUAAGAUGCCGAGGACAAUUUUUUUGUCUUUUUUCUGUUAUUUAUAUGAACUGCAAGUAUACCAGUGGUUGCUUACAGUUUACAAGUGUGUAAAACUUUAUCUGUUACUUUUUUAACAGCCUUUAUCCUAUAUGUAGUUGUUGUAAGCCCCAGUGGCUGCUUGAAAUUUUACCCAUGUGUCAUGUAUAAUUGAUAAAUUGAUUAGAUAUUCUAGACAUCGUGUUCUUUUUUGAUACUGUAUUGAAGGCUUAUCAGUUUAUCAAAUAUAUAAAAUUAGCUUUUUAUCAAUUUUGUAUCUAUUGAAACAUAUAUUAUACCUUAUCAGUUGGUAUCAGUGACAUUCUGCAACUGAUUAGAUAAAGAAUUCAAGUUUUUAUCAGUCUUGUAUCUAUUUUUGAGUGCCUACUCAAAAUUCAUCCCCCCCUCCACACUAUAAAUUAUGCCUUAUCAGUGACACUCUUCACAACUGAUUAGAUAAAUGAAUAUGAUUUAAAAAAAUCUUAUUUGUCUUAGGCUUUUUGAACCCCCCUUCACUUCCACUAUAAAUACCACUACGGGUAAAAUAUAUAAUACAAGUUGUUACAAAUCUUUUAUCGAUUUCCACCCAUGUUGUACCUUAUCUGUUGUUAUCAGCGACUGAUUAGAUAAAAAUAAAUUUCUUUAUCUAUUCAUAAGGCUUCUAAAGUGCAUCCUAAUUGUUGGUGCCUACUGGAAAUUACCCCCCCCCCCCUCCACUGAACUAUAAGCUUCUUUGAUCUGUAUCAAUUCAUUGCAUUGAACUAGUUUUGUAAGAAAUUUUGAACAGUCGGAGAAACUUGUAACUAGUCUUGAAACCGAGCCCAUUUGAACAACAAGUUCAUGCUUCCGAAAACAAAUAACCAACUAAUCCCAUACCCGACAUGGACUGGUAACCGGACGAGAGGCCGUGUUCGCUAUAAUAUUAAUCCGUGUUAUCGGCUUUCUUCUUCUUCGGUAUAAAUAUGAAAAUCCUAUUAUUCUGUCAAAUUUUUGAUUGAUGUAAAAAUUUCUGUUUUUUGUAAUUUUGGUGCUAAAACAACCAAAAGUAAAAUUUUC